CCAUGUUGGAUUGGAUCUGGAUGUCGCCAUCGUAGCGUAGUAGACGUAGACGUAAUCCUGUAUUGACUUUCGGAUUUCGCUCUUAUGAUUAUUGAAGUCAUUAGUCACUUUGACGGCUUUUAUGAAUAUUUAAUUUUAAAAGCAUUGGUUGAUGUUGAGUUUGUUAUAAAUUAAAUUUUGGAUCCUCCACAGACCAUAUUAUCUUCUAGAUUUUCAUUUUUGACAGUUGUCGAGUAUGUCGAGACGACGUACGCCAUCGCAGCUGAUGCCACCGCUGCCCCCGCGCAUACGGUCGCAGACUCCACCGCCGCCCAAGUUGCGGCCCAGUGCCAGUGCCAUGGGGCAGCGAUCGCCGCCACGCAGAGCACGCAGUCCUCAACCGAUGCGAGCAAAAAGACCACUCAGAAACAAUACACCUCCUCAUCGAAGUCGUUCUCCGAUGGAGAGAAGGCCAUCAAAAGGUGGAACCUCUGUUCGUGAGUUUGUUGCACCACCACCCAGUGAGAGGGAACCGCCACAUUCAUCGCCCAGGCCCAGAGGGAAACGUGACUUUAGAAGUGCGGGAAUUUCUGAAACUGUAACAUCACGUUCACGGUGAGUUAGAGCUAUAGUAAGGUCUACGUUAUAAUGUAAGUAUUUGAUUAACACUAUCCUUUUAUAGCAUUGCAACGUUGCCAGAUAAUGUUUAACACUUUCGAAAUAUAAUUUAAAAAAUAUCAAAUCUCAAUUAUGAAAAA